CGCGCCGGCGCCUCCGACCACAGUGCUGACACGGGCGCUGCAUUGAAAGGACGCCUCUGUACAUAUAAUGAAAUGAACUGACUACCCCUUGCUGUGCUCAUACUGUGUUAUUAUUGUGCUAUAGUGAUAAUUGUGUUGUGGGAACUUUAUGAUGAUUUCAAGAGCGCUUUUUAUAGCGCUAUUUAGUGCGUAUGUGACAUCACUGGCUCCGUUGGUGGCACCUGGCGACGAUGACUGCGCGUUAUACCUGACCGGGCCGGGCAGAUCCUCCGCUUACGACUACAGCCUUAAUCUGCUGAAAGGAAACUUCGCAUACGACGGCCAACAUACAUGCAUUACUUACGAUGCCAUCAACCAAGCAUAUCUUGAUGCUAGAACGAGGAUAUUGGUGUCUCAACCCAAAGGUGACUGGCACGCCGAAGAUUUUGCGAGCGUGGGUGAACUUAUUCUUGACAUUUCUACCAACUUAGCUCGCACGUACGGUUUAACAUAUGAGGAGAUAGAGAAGGGUCUACCGCUGAUAGACACCUCACGUACCCUCAUCCGGGAGGUGUGCCCUCCGGUAUUCUCUCACGUGGAAUGUCGCGCCGGCAAGUACCGACGUCUAGAUGGACUUUGUAACAACCUGCAGCAUCCCACUUGGGGCGCUACCAUGGCUCCAUUCCAAAGAUUGAUCGGUCCUCUCUUUGCGGACGGCAUCAACGCGCCUCGCAUAUCGCACUCAGGCCGCGACUUACCGCUCUCCCGGGUGGUGUCUCGCACCAUGCACCCGGACGACGGGUUCCACGACCACGCCGGCACUGUUAUGGUCAUCGCCUGGGGGCAGUUCAUGGACCAUGACUAUACGCUCACGGGGACACCGCUUGACCCAAUAAACCGUAACGACCCAGAGGAGUGUUGCAAACGUCCACCGCACCUCAAACACCCGUAUUGUAAUGAAAUACGAAUUCCUGAUGACGACUACUUCUACCGCCUCUUCGGUGUUAAAUGUAUCGAUUUCGUAAGAGGCUUCCCUUCGCCAAGACCUGGAUGUAAACUUGGUUCAAGAACACCAUUCAAUACAUUAACUGGAGCUAUUGACGGCAAUACAGUCUAUGGAGUUACAGAGAAAUUUGCCAGAAAAUUAAGAACGGGUUACGGUGGCUUGUUACGUAUGAACCCAGUGUUCAAAGAAUACGGUCUUAAAGACUUACUUCCUUUGAAACUUGACAUUCCCGAUGAGGGUUGCACGAGGCCUAACAAGAAUAUGUACUGUUUUGAAGCUGGCGAAAUUCGAGUGAACGAACAACUAGUACUAACAGUUAUGCACACGCUAAUGGCGCGGGAACACAACCGAGUAGCCAAAGCUCUAGCUGAAGUGAACCCUCAUUGGGAUGAUGAGACCCUAUUCCAAGAGGCUCGAAGGAUCAAUAUCGCAGAAAUACAACACAUCACGUACAACGAGUUCCUGCCCAUAUUGUUGGGGAAAGACGUUAUGGAGAAGUUCGGCCUGGUACUAGAAAAAGAUGGUUAUUGGAAUGGCUAUGAUCCUGAAGUAAACCCAGAUGUUAUCGCCUCCUUCGCCGCAGCCGCUUAUCGCUUCGGGCAUUCCUUGCUGCCCACUGCUGUUGAGAGAUGGUCCAAAGCACACAAGUUUAUAGCUUCAAAACGUCUAUCGGACCUGAUCCGUAGGCCGUACGACUUAUACAGAGCGGGAGUGUUGGACGAAUACGUGAUGGGUCUGAUGAACCAAGUAGCGCAAGCUAUGGACGACUCUAUCACCCAAGAAGUCACCAACCACCUCUUCAAGAAAGUUGGAGCUCGAUUCGGAAUGGAUCUUGUAUCAUUCAACAUGCAAAGAGGCAGGGAGUUUGGUCUACCAGGGUACAUGGAGUUCAGAAAGUUCUGCGGCCUAUCCGACGCUCAUACUUUCUUGGAUCUCUAUGGCUCUAUGCCCAAUGAAACAUUGAGGAAGUACGAGUCGAUAUUUGAACAUCCGAUCGAUAUAGAUUUGUGGUCGGGAGGCGUAUCUGAGAGACCUUUACGUGGAUCGAUGUUGGGACCGACUUUCGCGUGCAUUAUUGCGACGCAGUUUUCGUAUUCCAGACGCGGAGAUAGAUUUUGGUUCGAACUUCCAAACCAGCCGUCGUCAUUCACACCAGAACAGUUGACAGAAAUAAGAAAAUCCCGACUCGCGCGUGUUAUUUGCGACAACACAGAUAUCAUCGACACAGUUCAACUCUAUCCUAUGGUUUUGCCUGACCAUGAACUAAACCCCCGUGUACCAUGCAGAAGUGGUAUAAUACCGUCCAUGGACUUCUCGAAAUGGGCGGAACCGGUACCUUUCGGUCCUGCAAAGCAAUACGUGAGUAGUUUCUCCUACAACUCCUUCCACGGGAAGUAGCACAGAAAAGUAGUUUAGUAAUUUGUAAAUAUACGCACUGA